CAAAACAUCUGGACUCACAGCAUCCUACUGAUCCUCCGGAGUGGACACCUAAAGCGCUCACAACUGCUUGCUUCACGCAGCACCUGGGGCUUUGAGCUUCCUGUAUAGUCUCAUACUCCACAUAUACAUCUGUGUGAAGAAGACGAUAACUAACCCCACACACACACUCAAAAAAAUGGCCGAACUCAGAGUGGACAUUGAAAACAGCUGCUUUCAAAAGAGGUGGGAGGCAGAGUAUCUGUUUGUUGAUAUUGAAGGUACGGCCGUGUGCCUUGUUUGCAGAGAUAUUAUGGCUGUAUUUGAAGAAUAUAAUAUGAGAUGGCACUAUGAGACCAAACAUCAUGACAGGUACAAAAACAUGAGCGUACAGCAAAAGAUAAAGACGGUGGAAGAGUUGAGAAAGAAUCUGAUGUCGUUCAUAAAAGCAAAGACACAGCGUGAAGCUGCUGUGAAAGCUACUUUUAUAGUGGCAGAAGAGAUCGCUAAAGCGGCCUGGCCAUUUACAGAAGGCGAGUUUUUGAAGCGCUGCAUGGUUAAAGUGUGCGAAGUCUUGUGUCCUGACCAAAAGGAAGCGUUUUUGAACUUAAGCCUGAGCAGAAAUACUAUUGCUGGUCGGAUAGGUGAGCUUGCCACGGUUUUACAAGGACAGUUGGUUGAAAAGGGAAAAGAUUUCAUUGCAUAUUCCCUUGCUGUGGAUGAGAGCAGUGACAUCUCUGAUGUGGCACAGCUGACAAUCUUCAUCCGUGGAGUGGACCCAAGUUUAUGCGUUACAGAGGAAUUUUUGGAUAUGAAAUCAAUGCAUGGCACUACCACAGGAAAAGACAUAUUUGAAGCAGUGUCUAAAUGUGUAAACGACAUGAAACUGCCCUGGGACAAACUUACGGGACUGACAACAAAUGGGACACCUUCGAUGCGCGGGGAAGAGAGUGGAUUAGUGGGAAGGGUGCGAGAGAAGAUGAAGAGCGAGAAUUGCACAGGUGAGCUGACGGCAUAUCACUGCAUCAUACACCAGGAAACACUGUGCGGCAACAUUCUGAAGAUGGAACAUAUAAUGGGCACUGUAACACAGACAAUUAACUUUAUAAGAGCCAAUGGUUUAAAUCAUCAUCAAUUUAAGUCUUUCCUUGAGGAAAUGCAUUCUGAACUUGGUGAUCUGCCCUAUCACGCAGCAGCGCGGGGGAUAAGUCAAGAAAAAGUGCUCAGUAGGUUUUUUGAGUUGCGCCUGGACAUUUGUCAGUUUGUUGAAAGUAAAGGAAAAGACUCCACGGUACUGCGGGAUGAAAAGUGGCUGUGCGAAUUAGCCUUCCUGUGCGAUGUUACGAAACAUCUCGCGGCACUAAAGCUUCAGCUUCAGGGACGGGACUUUGCGAUCACGGACAUGUAUGAUGCAGUGAAAAGCUUUCAGGUAAAGCUGCAACUCUGGGAAGCUCAGAUGCAGCACGGAAACUUGAGUGACUUUCCCUGUUGCCAAACAAUCAUCAGCCAAGUCUCCACCGCUGUGUUCUCACAUGCUCAGUUUGCGGAUCAACUGAGCACGCUUCACAUGGAGUUUGCGCGCCGCUUUGUUGAGUUUGAAGCGCAGACAUUCGAUUUCGGACUGCUCAGUAAUCCAUUUUCAGUCGACGUGAAGGAGGCACCCGCAGACAUCCAGAUGGAGCUGAUGGAACUCCAGUGUAGCGACACACUUAAGGCAAAGUAUGAUUCUGUAGGGUCCGCGCAAUUCGCCAGGUUCAUCCCUGAAACGAUGCCCCAACUCCGCCUGCGAGCUGCUCGAAUGCUCUGCAUGUUUGGUAACACACACCUGUGUGAGAAAGUUUUCUCUGUGAUCAGGGCGAACAAAAGAGCCCACAGGAGUCUUCUCACUGAUGCACACCUCCGCUCUAUCCUGAGAGUUUCCACAGCUCAAAACCUAACGCUGAACAUGGAUGAACUUGUAGCCAGGAAAAGGUGCCAAACAUCCAGGUCAGAAAAAAAGGGCCAGCCGAUGAAGAUGGCCAGGGUACCCCCCGACCGUGGAGAAGCUCUAUCUGAUCUCUCUGCCACAACAUCUCAGGGCUCUGUAUCCUUUGAGGACGUGGUUGUGUAUUUCUCGGAGGAAGAGUGGGCUCUGCUGGAUUCCAGCCAAAGAGCCUUACACAGAGAAGUCAUGCUGGAGAAUUCCAGGAAUCUGGCUGCUGUGGGUUAUGGGCAGGAGCAUAAAGACUACCAGGGGCCCAGCUUAGCGCUAUUCGAGUCUGUAGAAAAGAUGUUUGGAAUUCAGGGGGUACUUCAAAAGAGAGCGAAAAGUUUCCUAAAGAAUCGAAGGAAGAAAUCUUCUCCCUCUGAUCGCAAUGAAGUCGUUGGCCUCCCAACUCCACAACUUCAGCAACCAGUAGGAAGUGAAAAAUAUUUUGGUGGUGACAAGACAGAGAGCGCUAAAAUUGUUUUCAUUCAAUAUUGUACAAACCAGACUGAAGAGGAACAAUAUGAACGUCAAGAGUAUGGGCAAAAUAUCAAUCUUAGCUCCUCUCUUGUGUUACAUCACCCGUCAUACAUCCAAGAGACACCAUAUGCACUUAUAAAUUGUGUAGAAAACUUCACUUUGAACAGUCAUCUUAUGUCCGAUGGAGAGAAUCACCCAUAUGAGUGUGGAAAGGGUUUCAGCCAGAAACAGUUGCUUAUUUUACCCCCAGAAAAUCCCCCCAUGGAAAAACCAUACAAAUGUCCGGAGUGCGGAAAGACCUUCCCUCACAGAUGUAGGCUUACUGUUCAUGAAUGGAUUCACUCGGGGGAGAAGCCAUAUAUAUGCCAGGUCUGUGGGAAAAGAUUCAGGCAGACUGGUCACCUUUCGAGACAUCGACGGACCCACACUGGGGAGAAACCAUAUACGUGCCUUCACUGCGGAAGGAAGUUCAGUGAAAGUUCAGACCUUACCAAACAUGUAAGGAGCCACACAGGGGAGAGACCGUAUAAAUGUUUGGAGUGUGGAAAGAGUUUCAAAUGCAGCAGUCAUUUUAUUUGCCAUAAAAGGAGCCACACAGGGGAGAAACCAUUUGAAUGCUCAGAGUGUGGAAAGAGCUUUAGUCGACACAAUCACCUUUCACUACAUAAGACAAUCCACAGAGGAGAACAAUCAUAGCUUGGGAGCUUUCAUCACAAGUGCUUUCUAAACACACCAGAAAUGUGUUGACUUUCCAGUAACAUUCAGUUCCAAAGGGUAUUUCAUCAGAUCAAAAUGAAUCCACAUUAGAGAACCAUCAAAAUGCCUGAAGUGUGGAAAUUGUUUAAAAUGUGUCACUGUCCUUAUUUCCCGUAGGAAAGCCUAUGACCAUGAACA